CGGCACCUCACUCACUCGAGGGCCAUCAGCGUCGCUUGAACAGCCCUCCUGGCCAUCCUCAGAAUGGCCUCUUGGAUUAGAUUGGCAGUGUUGUCUGCUCUGGCAGUUAGCACACUCAGUUUAGCCGCACCAGAUGGAGCUUACAACAUUCCUCAAGUGGGCACCGGAAGGCGUUCUCAAUACUUCGUCCUUCACAGAGAUGGAACUCACAAGUAUGGAUAUGACACUGGAAAGGGAGCCUUUGAGACUGCCAAGUCUACUAAGGUUGGUCAACAAAAAGGAGGCUUUGGCUAUGUUGACCCUGAUGGCCAUUCUGUGAAUCUCCAAUACACAGCUGGUGAGGCUGGUUUUGUCCCAACUGGAGCUCACCUCCCACAACCACAUCCUGACUUCCAUAAGGCCCAUGCUGCUGCAAGGGCUCGACCACCUUUCGUUGACCCUCUGGCCAACCCAAAUGCUGAUGCUUCUUAUGGUUUCCAGUUUGCUGGAGAGGGACAAACAAGAUCAGAGAACAGUGAUGCUAGUGGCAAUGUCCGAGGAUCUUACUCCUACACAGACGAUGAUGGAAUCACAAGAACCUACUCUUACACUGCAGGUCGUGGUACUGGAUUUGUUGUAGAAGGUAAUGACCUUCCACUGUCACCUCCAACUCCUGAAUCUUCUGGCUCUACUCCAGCAGCUACUCGACGUUCCUCCUCAGGCACCACAAUCUCCUCUAGUGGUACAAGAACUCCAAUCUCAGGAUCUUCACUCUCUGCCUCCCCAUCAGUCAUAACUUACUCAUCGUCUGCUAACCCUUCUAGACCAUCUUCUGCUCCUGUUGCUGCUUCUGGGGGAUCAAGUGGACCAUCUUCCCCUUCACAAACCUCAUCUAAUAAUGAUGGCUCUUACGCUUUCUCUUUCAAUGCUGGCGACCAUUCCCGUUCAGAAUCUGCCGACAAUAAACUCAAUGUACAGGGACAGUUUUCUUUUGUUGCUGAUGAUGGUGUCAGAAGAAGGGUUAAUUAUCGAGCUGGACCUAAUACAGGAUUCACUGCAUCUGGAGAUCAUCUCCCAACUGCCCCAUCUUCAAACACACCUGUGUCUUCCCCACCAUCUACAUCCCGAGGACCAGCAGGUGUAUUAACUUACAGUGCUCCAUCUGCUUCUUCUCCAACUUCUGCCGCUACCACAUUCUCCGGCCAGCGUCCAUCUUCUGGUCGUCGACCCUCCUCUCCCUCAACUCCUCCACAUUUCCAACCAGCUAAUACUCGCGGUCAGUUGAGACCAGAUGGAAGUUAUGCUUUUGGAUAUGAAACGUCCAGUCACUCAAGGAAGGAAGCAGGUGACACCAACAACAAUGUCAUUGGAGACUUUGCUUUUGUUGCUGAUGAUGGUCAGCGUCGACAGAUCCAGUAUGAAGCCGGUUCUGAUACAGGAUUCAUUGCUGAAGGAUCCCACAUUCCAAAAGGUCCAAUUGUUCCAGGAGCACCUUCUGGUCAGCCUACAGGAAGGAUUACACCUGUAAGACAAGUCCCAUUCAUUGACCCAUUAGCUAAUUCCAAUGCUGAUGCCUCAUACAACUUUGCCUUUGACUCUGAACAGUAUUCACGAUCAGAGACUGCAGAUGCUCAUGGUAAUGUUAGGGGAACUUACACUGUGGUAGAUGACGAUGGAACCCGACGCACGGUUCACUUCCGUGCUGGACAAGGAAUUGGUUUUGAAGCCAAUGAAGUUUCCUCCUCAAAAGGACCUGCUCCAUCUACCUCAUCAUCACACAGUCCAACCUCUUCCUCAGCAACAUCUCAGUCGGGAACAUUCUCCUCAUCAGCGUCUUCCUCAGCAGCAACGUCAUCCUCUCAUAGUGCAACAUCACUUUCUGCUUCAGCUUACUCUGCUCCCUCCUCACGUCCAUCUGCUUCAGAAAACUUCAGACUCACUCAGUAUGAUGCUUCAAAGAACCCAAAUAAGUUUGGUUAUGUUCUCACUUUCGAUUAAGAAGACUUAAAUGUCUUUCCUCUCAAAUGGCAACUUGAGUUGCAGUGUUGCUUCAAAUGAAUUUCUACAUAUCUGAAUAUGUAACACAGAUCUGGCCUCUUCAAGUUGCCAUGCCAUUUGUACAAUCUACUGUAUUAUAUUUUCUUAUUAUUGUAGAACCUGUGAUACCAUUAGAAGUAGUUACUGCAAAUCGAAAAUAACAAUAAAAAU